UUUUGGACCGUGUUUAAUAAUACAGAAACCAAAGUUCCAAAGUCCAACUUUUUUAUACUACAAUCUAAAAAAUAGGUUUGCAUUGGAUCAUUGCGAGGAAUUGGGAUUGGAAGGUCGGCAUAUCAAGUUGGGGUGGAAAAGUAAAAGCAACAUAUUUUAGAGAUGUCCUCCUUAAGGCUAUUUGGGGCUCUAAACAGAGUCUGCCAGAAUAAUAUAAAAUUAACUCAUCAUACAGGACAAUUACGUAUGAUGGCUACACAAAAAAAUAAGCACACAUCAUUAAAAAUUGUUGAUAAUGUGGGCGUUAUAGUUCUGGAUUCACCUAAUUCAAAGGUCAACUCUUUAGGACAUGAAGUAUCAGCUGAAUUCUCUUCAUUGAUUCGUGAAGUAGAGACAAAUCCGCAGAUCCAAGCUGCAGUGAUCAUAUCUGCAAAGCCAGGAUGUUUCAUUGCUGGUGCAGAUAUUGGCAUGCUGGAAACAUUCAAAACAGCAGAAGAUGGUACCAAAAUGUCUCGCGAGGGCCAACUUAUGUUGGAUGCCGUUGAGGCUAGUAAGAAACCAAUUGUUGCUGCCAUCCAGGGAUCCUGUUUAGGUGGAGGUUUAGAAGUCGCUUUGGCUUGUCACUACAGAAUUGCAGUUAAGGAUAAGAAAACUGGAUUAGGAUUACCUGAAGUUAUGCUUGGAUUAUUGCCUGGUGCUGGAGGCACCCAAAGAUUGAGAAAACUGACUGCAUUGCCAAAUUGCUUAGAUAUGAAGCUGACUGGUAAAACUAUUAAAGCUGAUAGAGCUAAGAAAAUGGGUAUUGUGGAUAUGGUUGUUGAGCCUUUGGGACCUGGAUUAGAUAUUCCAGAAAAUAACACUAUGAAGUACCUUGAAACUGUAUCUAUUGGCAUUGCUAGAGAUAUUGCCAGUGGAAAGAUCAAGAUUAAUAGGGAAAAUAAGAGUAUGACUGAUAAGAUUUUAAAUUUUGCUCUCCAAUAUGACUUUGUCAAAGACAAAAUCUUUGGAAAGGCUAAAGAACAAGUUAUGAAAAUGACUGGUGGUUUAUAUCCUGCUCCAUUAAGGAUUUUGGAAGUCGUUCGUACAGGUGUCGAUAAAGGUAUGAAGGCAGGUUUGGAAGCUGAAGCCAAGGCGUUUGGUGAUUUAGCUAUGACCCCUCAAUCGAAAGGUCUAAUUGGAUUAUUCAGAGGUCAAACUGAAUGCAAGAAAAACAGAUUUGGAACUCCAGAAACAAAAGUAAAUACUGUAGCAGUACUUGGCGCAGGUCUCAUGGGAGCUGGUAUUGCUCAAGUCACCCUCGAUAAAGGCUAUAACGUUAUCCUCAAGGACACUAAUCAAAAUGGUUUAUUCAGAGGUGUAGGUCAAAUUCAAAAUGGCUUAAAUGGAGCCGUUAAAAGGAAACGCAUGAGCUCCUUGCAAAGAGAUAAAUAUUUGGCUGAUUUGGAUGCGACCUUAGAUUACAACAAAUUCAAGAAUGCAGAUAUGGUCAUUGAAGCUGUUUUCGAAGAUAUUAACAUCAAACAUAAAGUUAUCAAGGAAGUCGAAGCUGUCGUUAAACCCCAUUGUAUUUUCGCUACAAACACGAGUGCCAUUCCGAUUACGAAGAUUGCUGCCGCUUCAAGCAGACCAGAAAAAGUUGUUGGCAUGCAUUAUUUCUCCCCCGUCGAUAAAAUGCAACUUUUGGAAAUCAUCACGACUCCGAAAACUAGCAAAGAUACCGCCGCAGCCGCUGUUCAAGUAGGUUUGAAGCAAGGCAAAGUUGUCAUCACUGUCGGUGAUGGUCCCGGAUUCUACACUACUCGCAUUUUGUCAUUCAUGUUGAGCGAGGCUAUUCGCCUGUUGCAAGAAGGAGUUUUACCGAAGGAAUUGGACAAAUGUUCCAAAGCUUUUGGUUUCCCAGUAGGAGCAGCUACAUUGGCUGAUGAGGUUGGCUUGGAUGUUGGCUCACAUAUUGCUGCUGAUUUAAACAAAGUAUUUGGUGAUCGUAUCGCUGGUGGAGAUUUCGGUGUAAUGAGGGAUAUUGUUCAAGCUGGUUUCUUGGGCAGGAAGUCCGGAAAGGGUAUCUUCAUGUAUGAAAAGAAGGGUAAGGGUCGUGAAGAGAAUCCAGAAGCUAUGGACAUUUUGAAGAAAUAUUCCCUGGAACCUCGUGGUCCAUUUACCGAUGAAGAUAAGCAAUUGCGUAUGGUAUCUAGAUUCGUCAAUGAAGCAGUUUUAUGUUUGGAAGAAGGAAUUUUGGCCAAUCCUUUAGAAGGAGACGUUGGUGCUGUGUUUGGUUUAGGAUUCCCACCAUUCACUGGUGGCCCAUUCCGUUGGGUCGACCAGUACGGUGCCAGCAAAUUGGUUUCUAAAAUGACUGAAUACCAGAACGCCUAUGGCAUUGCCUUCAAGCCAUGCGACACUCUUUUGAAAAUGGCUAAAGACCCAAGCAUCAAAUUCUACCCCAACUAAGUUCAUUACAUAUGUAGUUAAGUCAAACUUGAUGUAACACCAAGUGCCUUUUUAUAAAAUAGUUUUAUAUACUAUUG